UCGAAAAGCAAAGGAGGAGAGUUGCAAUCUGACUAAAACAACCUUAUCUUUCCAAACAAGAAAACGGAGCUGCCUUUUAAUUCUCCUUAUAAAUAACCCACCGCUUUUCUUCACAUCCCACAUACAUAUUCCACCAAACCCCAAAGCUUAUUCUUAUUUUUUCGGUUCUUUAAUCGACCCAAAUUCACCAUGUCUAACCAAGCAGAAUCAUCUGACUCGAAGGGGACUAAGAAGGAUUUUAGUACUGCGAUCUUGGAAAGAAAGAAGGCACCGAACCGACUUGUUGUUGAUGAGGCAAUCAACGAUGAUAACUCUGUUGUUGCUCUUCAUCCUGAUACCAUGGAAAAGCUUCAGCUUUUUCGCGGUGACACUAUCCUGAUCAAGGGGAAAAAGAGGAAAGAUACCAUUUGCAUUGCUCUUGCUGAUGACACAUGCGAUGAGCCAAAGAUCAGGAUGAAUAAGGUUGUGAGGUCAAACUUGAGGGUUAGACUAGGUGAUGUUGUCUCUGUGCAUCAGUGUCCUGAUGUCAAGUAUGGAAAACGUGUGCACAUCUUGCCCGUGGAUGACACAAUUGAAGGGGUUACUGGAAAUCUCUUUGAUGCUUACCUGAAACCUUACUUUCUGGAAGCAUACCGUCCAGUGAGGAAGGGUGACCUCUUCCUUGUGAGAGGUGGAAUGAGAAGUGUGGAAUUCAAGGUUAUUGAGACUGACCCUACUGAGUACUGUGUGGUUGCCCCAGAUACUGAGAUAUUCUGCGAGGGAGAGCCUGUAAGGAGAGAAGAUGAGGAUAGAUUAGAUGAGGUAGGUUAUGAUGAUGUUGGUGGAGUGAGAAAACAGAUGGCUCAGAUUCGGGAAUUAGUGGAACUUCCACUGAGGCAUCCGCAGCUCUUUAAAUCAAUUGGUGUGAAGCCACCAAAAGGAAUUUUGCUUUAUGGACCUCCCGGAUCUGGAAAGACUUUGAUUGCACGUGCUGUUGCAAAUGAAACUGGUGCUUUCUUUUUUUGCAUCAAUGGUCCUGAGAUCAUGUCAAAAUUGGCUGGAGAGAGUGAAAGCAAUCUCAGAAAAGCAUUUGAAGAAGCAGAGAAGAAUGCACCAUCUAUUAUAUUCAUUGAUGAAAUCGAUUCAAUUGCUCCCAAGCGAGAGAAGACCCAUGGUGAAGUUGAGAGGAGAAUAGUCUCUCAGCUUUUGACAUUGAUGGAUGGGCUUAAAUCCCGUGCACAUGUCAUUGUUAUUGGGGCCACAAAUCGUCCCAAUAGCAUUGAUCCAGCUCUCCGAAGGUUUGGAAGGUUUGAUAGGGAAAUUGAUAUUGGCGUACCUGAUGAAGUUGGCCGUCUUGAGGUUCUUCGCAUCCACACAAAGAACAUGAAGCUGUCUGACGAUGUUGAUUUAGAAAGAAUUGCCAAGGACACACAUGGUUAUGUUGGUGCUGAUCUUGCAGCUCUUUGUACUGAGGCAGCAUUACAGUGCAUCAGGGAAAAGAUGGAUGUGAUUGACUUGGAAGAUGAGUCAAUAGAUGCGGAGAUACUCAACUCUAUGGCAGUUAGCAAUGAGCACUUCCAGACUGCUCUUGGAACAAGCAAUCCAUCAGCAUUACGUGAAACUGUUGUUGAAGUGCCUAAUGUAAGUUGGGAAGAUAUUGGAGGCCUGGAGAAUGUUAAAAGGGAGCUUCAAGAGACUGUUCAAUAUCCAGUGGAGCAUCCUGAGAAGUUUGAGAAGUUUGGUAUGUCACCCUCAAAGGGAGUAUUGUUCUAUGGCCCUCCAGGAUGUGGUAAAACACUUCUGGCCAAAGCUAUUGCCAAUGAAUGUCAGGCAAACUUCAUUAGUGUCAAGGGUCCAGAAUUACUCACAAUGUGGUUUGGAGAGAGUGAAGCUAAUGUGCGUGAAAUUUUUGACAAGGCUCGCCAGUCUGCUCCUUGUGUCCUCUUCUUUGAUGAACUUGAUUCAAUUGCAACCCAGAGAGGAAGCAGUGUAGGUGAUGCUGGGGGUGCUGCUGAUAGGGUUCUGAAUCAACUUCUUACUGAGAUGGAUGGCAUGUCUGCCAAGAAAACAGUUUUUAUAAUUGGAGCCACCAACCGACCUGACAUUAUUGAUCCUGCCCUUUUGCGACCCGGUCGUCUUGAUCAGUUGAUCUACAUUCCCCUCCCUGAUGAGGAUUCUCGCCAUCAGAUCUUUAAGGCUUGCUUGAGGAAAUCACCACUUGCAAAAGAGGUUGACCUCAGAGCUCUUGCCAAGUAUACUCAAGGUUUUAGUGGGGCUGAUAUUACUGAAAUUUGUCAGCGCGCAUGUAAAUAUGCCAUCAGAGAGAACAUUGAAAAGGAUAUUGAGAGAGAAAGGAGGAGAGCGGAGAACCCUGAAGCUAUGGAGGAAGAUGUGGAUGAUGAAGUGGCAGAAAUCAAGCCUGCUCAUUUUGAGGAAUCAAUGAAGUUUGCUCGUAGGAGUGUCAGUGAUGCCGACAUCCGCAAAUACCAGGCAUUUGCUCAAACGCUGCAGCAGUCAAGGGGAUUCGGGAGUGAGUUUAGGUUCGCUGAAACUGGUGCAAGGCCUGCAGCAUCUGACCCUUUUGCAGCUUCCGCUGGAGGAGCCGAUGAAGAUGACCUCUACAGUUAAGAUCAUCUGUCUGUGUCUUUAGUUAUGGUGACAAAAGCGGACCGUUCUUUUUGUUUUUUAAUAUAGUGUAGUAUUAAAUUUGACUGGAUGGAUGUAGAAGCUCCUUGGCACAACCUUUCAGCAGGAGAAAGGGGGGGGGGGGGCUGCCCCUGGGAGUUCAUAAAAUACUGUGCUUUUCCUUUAUUUUGGGAUUUAAAGAUUUUACAAGAUUAAA